UCCAAGUCUUGGGGCAUCAGCUUUGAUGAAGAAGCGUAAGGAGAAGUACCCUAUCAAGCUCUCUUACUGGAUUGUGUAUAAUGGCAAGCAGCUAGCUCUUGAUGAGAUAUUAGGAAAGUGGGAUGACAACUUUGAAUAUGCUUUUGCAUUCAAGGCUGAGAUAGAGAAGAAGUCCCCUGGCAGCAUAGUGCACAUAUACUAUGAGAACAUUGGUAAAAGGUUUAGGUUUAGCGAGAUGUUUGUGGCUUUGAAACCUUGUAUAGAUGGCUUCAUUAAUGGAUGUAGACCAUACCUAGGGAUUGAUUCCACUGCCAUGACUAGAAGGUGGAAGGGAUAAUUAGCUUCAGCUAUUGGUAUUGAUGGCUACAACUAGAUGUUUCCAGUAGCCUAUGGGGUGUUUGAAUCUGAAUCAAAGGAUAACUGGGGUUGGUUCAUGACUCAUCUAGCAGAGGCAAUUGGCUCACCACCUGGACUUGUGAUCUCUAUUGAUGCUAGAAAAGGGAUAGAUACAACUAUCAGUAAAGUGUUCACUAAUGGUGUAGAACACAGAGAAUGCAUGAGGCAUCUCUUCAAGAAUUUCAAGAAGAGGUUCCACGUACGACAAAGUGUUUGAGAGAAAUUUAUGGCCUGUAUCAAGAGCUUACAUGAAACAAUAGUAUGACAAGCAUUACAACAUCAUGAAAAUUGCAUCCCCAAGGGCUAUUAGAUGGAUUGAACUGAACCAUAAACAACUGUGGGCACGAUGCUUGUUCUCAAUACAUAGCAAGUGUGACUAUGUUACAAAUAACAUAGCAGAGACCUUUAAUAAUUCGAUAAAUCAUAAGAAAUCACUACCUGUCAUAGAACUGAUGGAUGCAAUAAGACAAAAGAUCAUGGAGAAGAUGUAUGUCAGGAGGAACCUUGCUGCCAAGUUAACAGGAAAGGUGCUCCCACACAUCAUGAAGGACAUGCAUACAAAGAGUAGAGGCCUGCACGGCUAUGUUAUACAUAAGGGUUGUGAAAUGACCGUAGAAAUUGAAGGGGUGCAUAGGGACUUGACUCCAUGGACGCACACGGUUAACUUACCAGCAAGGCAGUGCACGUGCAACAAGUGGCAGCUAGCUGGGAUCCCAUGUAGUCAUGCAAUCAAUUUGAUAUGUUCCUAUAGGAAUGUUGACCUUGCUGAUUAUGUCGAUAACUACUACUCAGUUUCCAAGUUUCAGGCUGCAUAUGUUGGUUACAUUGAGCCAAUUCCAGACAAGACACAAUGGCCUCAUGUUGACUUGGGAUUCAAGCUUUGGCCACCAAAACUUAAGAGGGCAGCUGGUAGGCCAAGGACCAGAAGGAUCAUGGGAGCUGAAGAAGGCGGUUCUGGUGCAUCCCAUAAAAGAAAGCAAUGCAAAAGAUGUGGUCAGUUUGGGCAUAUGCAAAAGACUUGCAAUGAGACUGAUUAUGACUCAGAUGCACCCCCUGCAGCCCCUCCCAAACCAAAGAGAAAGAGGGUAAAGAAGCAAAAGGAAGCCAUAGAAGAACAACCUGCAUCCCUACUAAUACUGAUGACACCAACUGCAACCUCAAUGGACAGUCCAGGAGCAGUCACAAGGAGCCGAGCCAGAGCACUCUCAUUUCAGGCACAAGAAAAGGAUAGCACCAGCCCGACCAACAAGAAUAUCAAGGCCAAGAUCAGAAAGAAGUCUAAGACUCAUGUUUCAACCUGAAUAUUUGAAUGUUAGAUUGAGUUGUUGAUCUGUGUGAACUUUAUCAUUUUGAUGGAAGUAUGUAACUAAUCAUUAUUCUAGUAUUUGAAAAAAUUUGUCAGUAUUUCAACAUAUUUAGUGUG